CAACGCUGAAUCUUCUUUCAUGAACACGUAUCUUAGCCCCAAAGUCCACACCAUGGCAUAUUGGGGCCAGUACAACGUUUUCGCUCGACGAGAGACCUACACGGCAGGUUCGGUGUUCCUGUACGGAACAAUUGCCACUAUGUCCUUGAUCCUGUCCAUCUGUGUCUCUGUCUACUCUGCCGUCCUGGGGGCCGACGAGGCAGGUUAUAUACCCUUCUGGAAGCAGAGCCAUCUAUAUCCCAACGGCUUUACUAUGGACUCCUCCGUCGGUAGUAUUUACUGGUCUGGCGUCCUUGCAGAAAGAGUCCUUUACAUUGCUAAUAAUGUUUCUCGCAAGGGUCGUGCUUUUCCUCGCCCAAUUUGGUCAUUUGGGUCACUUCUUCUGUGACAACGAUGCUUACACAAAUUCUGCUGCCAGCACUGCGGCCCAUGUCGUAACAAAUAACGUUCUUCAUGUGGCCUUUGUUCUCCUUUUCUGCCACUCAUUCUUCUAUUCGGCAGAAGUGAUCCUUAUUCUUAAUUUCGUCAAUCUUUCAGCACUCUACUUUCGUCAAGGCCCCCACGCCCGAUCCGUACAGCACCUUCCAUCAUCCGGCCCCCUUGCCUGGACCUUUGUCAGCAUCUAUUGGAAUCUCGCCAUUGCUCUCGCCCAUCGUGGAGUCGAGACACAGAUCUUUGGGCUCAUUUUCAUUUGGUCGCCACUGGGUUACGGAUUGUUUGCGUUCAUUGCCUACAAGGACGUCACCAUGAUUAUGUGUCUUGGGAUCCUAGCUGCGGCCACGGGAGUAGGCCAGCUGUCGAUUAAAGCGAAGCUCGCUCACUUGAUUCCGCCAUUUCUCGUGGCCGGACUGUUACUUGUGUUAUGUUUGCUUGCCGCUAUCGCCGGCCGUGGCAGCGAAACGAUUGGCAAUAAUGAGAAGAAUGGAGUAGAUUGUGGCAGCCCUCAGGCAGAGGACGAGGAAAGCGGCGCCGACGAACAGAUGACUCGCGAAAGAAGGAUCUGCUCCCAGGUAUGCCCCCCACUGUACUGGUCUACUGCAGGCUAGAUCGACUGUCCGUUUCGACGGCUGGAUAUUAUCGCCUCUAUGGGCAUCGCCAAGGAAGCAAGGAACACGAGAGCAAGUCGAAACAGGGGUGACAUGGCAAUAUCGAAGUUCUUGGCUGUCAGAUGGGUUGCCGAAGGAUAUGUAUGGUUAUUUACGAAGUCUGCACGAGUUUGAAUACUUG